AAUAUAUAGCACAAAGCAUUUACUUUCCCAUGAAGGACCUUUUAUCCUUUUUAUUUCAAAAUCCACCAAGAAAAAGAGGUAUUCUGCAAUGGAGCCAACAAAGAGUACUGAGCCCUGUCUGUCUAAUAGUACUCCUCCAAGCAUCUUCUAUGCUCCAGAGGUUCCCCCAUUUCCAAACACACCACUGCAAAACGGGGAAGAAAACAAGCAGGGAGUUGUUGAAGAAGAUGAAGGAGAAACAGAGACAGAGCCAGAGCCAGAGGCAGAUGUCCUGUUAGAUCUAAAUCUCUCUACAGAGCUCAAUCUCAUAGGUUGCUUGGAGGUGGGUUCAUCUCAAGCCCCAGAAACCCCACAAGCUUCUUCUGCAGAGCCACGAGUUUUUUCAUGCAACUUCUGUCAAAGAAAAUUCUACAGCUCACAAGCACUUGGAGGGCACCAAAAUGCCCACAAAAGAGAGAGGACUCUGGCGAAAAGAGGCCAGAAGAUAGAGGCGCAAAUAAUGGCUUCGGCAGCAGCUUUUGGGCACUCCUUCCUCCACCACCAGCAACACUAUUCAAGCGUGGCUUCUCUUCCUCUUCAUGGUGUUUAUAACAGAUCCCUUGGAAUUCAGGUGCAUUCAAUGAUCCAGAAGCCAUCUCACAAAUCGUAUUCCAGUGGCGGCUUCUAUUCACCUCGCGGCUCUUCAAGAGUACCCCUCAUGAACCAACAGCCAGCAGUUAAGAAUUUUCAUGCACCAGUUGAUCAGAAUUUUCAUACAGCAGUAGGAUCACAGUCGCGAGGCAGUGUUGGUAGAUUUGACUUGGUAAGAAUGAUGAAUGCUUCUCCACCUGAUGCUGAACUCAGUGGAUUCUGGUUGCCAGGUAGUGGUGUUUUCAAGACUAAUCAAGAGCAGAUGAAGAAGCUUGACUUGUCUCUCAAGCUUUAAGCAGUUUCGACAGAGAUUCUCAGUACUUUUGUUGUUCGAAUUGUUAGUCUCUAUAGAGCCUGCUUACCUGAACCAGUCAAGGCAGCCCGGCCGCCCUCUCGUAAAAAGUCUCUCACAUUUGCUGCCCGAAGCAAAUUGGUGGAAUCCGGAUCCCAUCUUUAUUAUCUUCUUUUUCUUUCUUUUUUUUCUUUUUUUUAUCUUCACUCUUAUUUGUAGUAAAAAGUUUGUUCAAAUUUUCUUUUCACCAAUUGCAGUAAUAUAGUGUAGAUUUUAUGUUAUAAAAGGAUAGUUUUUCUUUUCUUUUCUUUAAGAUACGUUUAGUGUAUUUUAUUUUUCGAAGGAAGAUACAUUUAUUGA